AUGAGGACGGUCAAUAUUCCUAAUGCACCCCCGGCAGCCAAGAUUACUAGCCAUGCCAUGUUGGAAUUUAUGCGCCCCUCAGUCACGGCCAUCGGUCGAAUGCUCGAGCACUGCGUUCGGCGACUGCACAUGGACGGGCAAGCUGUCUCGCAUGUACUCCUGGGAGGACCUUACGCAAUGUCGGCGUUUCUCGUCAACGAGAUCCGCCAGGUCGUCAGGGACCUUUGUUCGGUGAACGGUGGGGAGAUCGAGCUAGUGGCUGACGGAGAGCCGCAGGAUACACGUCUCCUCGGGGCGAUAUCUCAUGCUUGCAGUAUGCAAAACCCGGCGUGA